UCUCUUUCUGUAUGAAGCAGUGGUGGAGAACAGAAGAAAGUGUAUGACAGAAGGCACGUUGCUCUGUUUAGACUCGUAGACGUGUCUGUAUGUGUGUUUGAGGGGACCAUUCUUAUUCUGGAUAUUUCAGCAAGGUGGGCACAAGGCAGUAAUGGGAGACUGGAGCUCUCUUGGGAAGCUUUUAGAGAGUGCCCAGGAACACUCAACGGUGGUAGGGAAAGUCUGGCUCUCCGUCCUCUUCAUCUUCCGCAUCCUGGUGUUAGGUGCUGCCGCAGAAAAGGUCUGGGGUGACGAACAGUCCGGUUUCACAUGUGAUACUAAGCAGCCUGGUUGUCAGAACGUAUGUUAUGACAAAACUUUCCCAAUCUCUCACAUCCGAUUCUGGGUGAUGCAGAUCAUCUUUGUGUCCACUCCAACGCUGAUCUACCUGGGCCAUAUCCUGCACCUAGUGCGCAUGGAGCAAAAGCAUAAAUGCAAUCAGCCAAGCGGGACAGACAAGCAGGCCCUGAUCAGCACUAAAGCUGGAAAGGGUCCUGUUCGGGAUGAGCAGGGAAAGAUUCGUCUUCAGGGAGUCUUGCUACGCACAUAUGUCUUCAACAUCAUCUUCAAAACACUGUUUGAAGUGGGCUUUAUUGUGGCACAGUACUUCCUGUAUGGAUUUGAGCUGAAGCCACUGUACACCUGCAACAGGUGGCCCUGCCCCAACACAGUCAACUGCUACAUCUCACGACCGACAGAGAAAACCAUCUUUAUCGUGUUCAUGCUGGCCGUAGCCUGCCUGUCUCUGCUGCUCAACCUGGUGGAGAUGUAUCACCUGGGCUUCACUAAGUGCCGACAGGGUCUUCGAUACAGACGCACUCAUUCUGCCUGUGACACUGAAUCUAAAACGGCCAGUGAGGAUGCCAUGGUUCCAUUUGUGCCAAACUACCCAUAUUUCCCCCCUCACGCACCUCACGCACCUCCCCUCGCCCCCUUUCCCACCGAUCCCCACUUCAACCUCUCAGAACCGGAUAGAACCUUCCCACCCCACGGCAGCCACUCCGUCUAUAAGCAGAACCAGGAGAACAUGGCUGCAGAGCGCAGUGGCAAGCCUGACACAGAAGUCAAUACCAGCAAAAACUCCAACUCUGUGCCUGGAUCCCCCGCAAGCCAGCAACGCAGGCCCAGCCAUUCAAGCCGCUUUAGCAGCAAUAAGACCCGGCAAGAUGACCUCAAAAUCUGAUCAAAAGGAGACAAGACUCCAUUACUGAUUCAGUGCUGUCCCAAUUCUGAAAGCACAGGAAAUACACUCUCAUGCACACAUGCAUUUUUAGCACCGAAGGUGUGAUGAGAAGUGUUUUUUAGAGUUAAGUGAGAAUCAGAGAAGUUGCUUAGACAGAAUCUGAGGGUAAAAUGGUGUUACUUUACUUGAAUUGGGACUUUUGUGAAUUGGAACAUUGCAAUGUGAGAAAGAUUGAACUGGAUCAUUCUUUAAAAUGAAUAAAAAAUGCUUUCACUUACCAGCAAUAAAUCACUUAGGAGACUUAUGGGUAAAAUGUGAAUGUUGGAUGUUGAAAGUUUUUUUGUCAGUGUGUUAACUUGAAAAAGGCCUAAAGUGAAAUAGAUGCAUGGAAACAUUCUUUAGAAACAACUGGUUUAGAGAAAAUGUAUUUACUUUGUCUCAGAUUUGACAAGAGUGUGUGUAGUUUCUGUGCCAUUAGAGUCAUCAAACCGAAUUGUUCAAAUAAUGAUUAUUUUCAGACAGGUUUCCAGAACAUUUCUGCCAUCUACCAUUGUUGGGACAAACUGAUUGCCCCGCCUCAAAUUCAUGCCAUUGGUUGAGUCAAUGUUGCUCUGUUGGGCUGUUCAGGAUGGUCAAAAAGAGCUAUGCUUUAUAGUGCCACAGUGUUUACACUUUUCAAGGAUAUCAACCUGCAAAUGGCUUC